GACCUCGGGCGAGACGGCGGCCGGCUCUUCGCGUCGCCCGCGCCCACGCGCAGCGCGUCCCAGGCUCUCGAGGCAGGGCCCGGCGCGGUGCGCGGUGCAUCACGCGCCCAGGAGCUCUGAGAGGACCUCGUGCAGGACGGUGGCGGGGUCCUCGCCCGCGCCCGCGAGCAGACGCUCGCGCGCCUCCGCGCCCACGCGCAUUGCCGCCUGCCGCUGGCCCACCAGCAGCGGGUCGUCGAGGUAG